GAGAGAGAGAGAGAGAGAGAGAGAGACCGUAAAGGAUUUUCUUUUUUCUUCUUUUUUCUUCGUUUUCACCAGUGAAAUAAACAUGGCGAGCGAUUCUCCGGCUCGCAGUCUGGAUGAAAUAGACCUCUCUGCUCUGAGGGACCCUGCUGGUAUCUUUGAAUUGGUAGAGCUUGUUGGAAAUGGCACAUAUGGACAAGUGUAUAAGGGUCGCCAUGUCAAGACCGGCCAGCUUGCUGCUAUUAAGGUCAUGGACGUCACCGGGGAUGAAGAGGAGGAGAUCAAACAAGAAAUUAACAUGCUUAAGAAAUAUUCUCACCAUCGGAACAUCGCCACUUACUAUGGUGCUUUCGUUAAAAAGAACCCUCCAGGAAUCGAUGACCAGCUUUGGUUGGUGAUGGAGUUCUGUGGCGCUGGUUCUGUCACAGACCUGAUUAAAAACACCAAGGGGAACUCGCUAAAGGAGGAUUGGACUGCCUACAUCUGCAGGGAGAUUUUGAGGGGUCUGACUCAUCUUCACCAACACAAAGUGAUCCACAGAGAUAUUAAAGGGCAGAAUGUCCUGCUGACAGAAAAUGCAGAGGUGAAGUUAGUUGACUUUGGCGUAAGUGCCCAGCUGGACAGGACAGUCGGUCGGAGAAACACGUUUAUCGGUACGCCAUAUUGGAUGGCCCCAGAAGUUAUUGCCUGUGAUGAAAAUCCUGAUGCUACUUAUGAUUUUAAGAGUGACCUGUGGUCUUUAGGAAUUACAGCUAUAGAGAUGGCAGAAGGUGCUCCACCACUCUGUGACAUGCAUCCCAUGCGAGCCUUAUUUCUUAUUCCAAGGAAUCCGGCACCGAGAUUGAAGUCAAAGAAGUGGUCUAAGAAAUUCCAGAUGUUCAUUGAUAGCUGCCUGGUGAAGAACCAUGGCCAGAGGCCCAGCACUGAGCAACUGCUGAAACACCCAUUCAUCCGGGACCAAACCAACGAGAGGCAGGUCCGCAUCCAGCUGAAGGAUCACAUCGACAGGACAAAGAAGAAACGGGGAGAGAAAGAUGAGACAGAGUAUGAGUACAGUGGGAGUGAAGAGGAGGAAGAGGAGAAUGACAUGGGUGAGCCCAGCUCCCUGAUCAACAUCCCUGGUGAGUCAACCCUGAGACGGGACUUCCUUCGCCUUCAGCUGGCCAAUAAGGAGCGCUCGGAGGCUCUGCGCAGACAGCAGCUGGAGCAGCAGCAGAACGAGGAGCACAAGCGCCAGCUGCUGGCCGAGAGGCAGAAGCGCAUUGAGGAGCAGAAGGAGCAGAGACGGAGAUUAGAGGAGCAACAACGCCGAGAGCGCGAGAUGCGGAAACAGCAGGAGAGGGAGCGCCGGCGCUAUGAGGAGAUAGAGCAGAUGCGCAGAGAAGAGGAGAGGAGGCAGGCGGAGAGGGAGCAGGAGUACAUUAGGCGUCAGUUAGAGGAGGAGCAGAGGCAGUUAGAGAUCCUGCAGCAGCAGCUUCUGCAGGAGCAGGCUCUACUUCUGGAGUACAAGCGAAAGCAGAUGGAGGAGCAAAGGCAGGCGGAGCGCUUGCAGAGACAGCUGCAGCAGGAGAGGGCCUACUUGGUAUCCCUUCAGCAGCAGCAGCAACAGCAGCAAGACCCAAAGAAGCCGCUAUACCACUACAAGGACACAGUGAACCCCACUGACAAACCGGCUUGGGCCAAAGAGGUUGAAGAACGUUCCAAGUUGAACCGGCAGAGCUCUCCGGCAAUGCAGCACAAGGUGGCCAAUAGAAUUUCCGACCCCAGCCUGCCACCGCGGUCGGAGUCCUUCAGCAGCAGUGCCGUCCAGCCGGCCAGGACGCCGCCAAUGCACCGACAGGUUGAGCCACAGAUGGCUCACUUGGUCCCUCUGAAAUCUCACGGUUCCUCCAUGUCUGGCUCCCAGUCUCUACAUGACCAGUCUAGCAAGGGGGUCUCUGCCUUCCAGGAGGGCAUCAUCUCACACCGCCCAGAGAUGCCUCGGCAGAACUCCGACCCCACCUCCGAGACCCCGCCCCUGCCCCCCCGCAUCAGCAGCGGCCGGGAUGAGAUGUUUGACCGCAGCGCCUGGCUGCCCCCCCGCAUCAGCAGCGGCCGGGAUGAGAUGUUUGACCGCAGCGCCUGGCUGAGGCAGGAGGAGGACCUCCCACCCAAGGUUCCCCAGAGAACAACUUCCAUAUCUCCUGCCCUGGUCAGGAAAAACUCCCCUGGAAAUGGGAGUGGUCCUGGCAGCCGAGCAGCAGGACAACUCAUCAGAGCCAGUAACCCUGACCUGCGGAAGAUGGAGUUGCCCCUGGAGACGGUGUUACAGAGAACUAGCAGUGGCAGCUCCUCCAGCUCCAGCAACCCCAGCUCACAGGGGGGCUCCCAGCCCGGCUCCAGUGAGAGGAACAGAGUCGGAGGAACAACUAACCCUGAAGGCUCUCCCGUAAUGAGUCAGGACCCCUCAAAGAUGAAGCAGGAGGAAGGACGAGAGAUGACCAGACCCAGCCGGCCUGCUAGCUAUAAGAAAGCCAUAGACGAGGAUCUGAGCUCUCUGGCUAAGGAGUUGCGGGAGCUGCGCAUUGACGAGACGAACCGCCCACCCAUCAAAGUGACGGAUUACUCUUCCUCCAGCGAGGAGUCCGAGAGCAGCGACGAAGAGGAGGAAGACCCAGACAAUGAGAUGCACGAUGGCACAGUGCCAGUCAGCGACAUCCCCCGGAUAAUGCCGAGUGCAGUGCCUGGCAAUGAUCCUUACAGUCUGGGUGUGAUGGGAAGCCACGAAGGGUCUCAUGCAGAUUCCUUUGGCAGCUCUUCCGGGGACGGCACCUUGGUGAUGAGAGAGACAUUGGGAGAUAGAAAGCAUUCUGGCCAUGCCGAUAGCAAUGGCUUUGCGGGCCACAUCAAUCUGCCUGAUCUGGUUCAGCAAAGCCACUCGCCUGCAGGUACACCCACCGAGGCAUUGGGACAGCUUUCGAGUCUGCAUGUGCAAGACCUGGAUUCGGAAUAUGGAUUUGGCAGUGGCUCCAAAGCCUCCUUCACUCCGUUUGUGGACCCUCGAGUAUAUCAGACAUCGCCUACUGAUGACGAUGACGACACAUCAACAGCAGCCAUGUUUGCCAACGAGCUGCUACGACAGGAGCAAGCCAAGCUGAGCGAAGCCAGGAAGAUCUCAGUGGUGAAUGUGAACCCGACGAACAUACGGCCGCACAGUGACACACCGGAGAUCCGCAAAUACAAGAAGCGCUUCAAUUCAGAGAUACUGUGCGCAGCUCUCUGGGGGGUGAACCUGCUGAUCGGCACUGAGAACGGACUGAUGCUGUUGGACAGGAGUGGUCAAGGAAAGGUCUACAACCUGAUCAACAGGAGGCGCUUUCAGCAGAUGGAGGUCCUGGAGGGGCUCAACGUCCUUGUGACAAUAUCUGGGAAGAAAAAUAAGCUGCGAGUGUACUACCUGUCAUGGCUGAGGAACAGGGUGUUGCACAAUGACCCAGAAGUGGAAAAGAAACAGGGCUGGAUCACGGUUGGGGAGCUGGAGGGCUGUGUGCAUUACAAAGUUGUAAAAUAUGAAAGAAUCAAGUUUCUGGUUAUCGCUUUGAAGAACUCUGUGGAGAUAUAUGCAUGGGCUCCGAAACCCUACCACAAGUUCAUGGCCUUCAAGUCUUUUACAGACCUACAGCACAGGCCCCAACUUGUUGACUUAACAGUCGAAGAAGGUCAGAGGUUAAAGGUUAUCUAUGGGUCCAGCGUGGGUUUUCACGUGAUUGAUGUGGAUUCAGGAAAUCCCUAUGAUAUCUACAUCCCGUCCCAUAUUCAGAGCAAUAUCACCCCACAUGCCAUUGUGAUCCUCCCCAAGACCGACGGAAUGGAGAUGCUUCUGUGUUAUGAAGAUGAGGGGGUCUAUGUGAACACAUACGGCAGAAUCACAAAAGACGUGGUGCUUCAAUGGGGAGAGAUGCCCACCUCUGUUGCCUACAUCCAUUCCAAUCAGAUCAUGGGCUGGGGAGAGAAGGCCAUUGAGAUCCGAUCAGUGGAGACGGGACACCUCGAUGGAGUUUUCAUGCACAAGCGAGCUCAGCGAUUAAAAUUCCUCAGCGAGAGAAACGAUAAGGUUUUCUUUGCCUCUGUUCGAUCAGGUGGCAGCAGCCAGGUCUUCUUCAUGACCCUCAAUAGAAACUCUAUGAUGAACUGGUAACACACACAUAUGAAUCAACUGGUGGAUUGAUCUUCAAGGAAUUACAUUUGUAGACUUGCAGUACACUUUUUUUUUUUUUUAAAGAAAAAAAAAAAAAAAUGACUUUCUUAAAUGUGAAUUUACAAGUCUAAAGGGUGUUUGGACACCCAGAUAUGACGCUUCCCUAUUGUUGUUGCACGACCUUCAAGUCAGUAUCGCCUGGACCGUUUGACAAGAUGAGACAACUGAUGUACAAAUGGGUUCGAUCUGUAGAGGCCGAAAGAGCUGUGCUUCCUGUACUGUGGAUCUGGACACUGGAAGGCCUUCCUUGGGAGGCCUCUCGCAAUUAUUUGGGAUUUUUUUUUUUGCUUUGUUUUUUCUUUUUGUUAAAAACGGGAAAGAGUUUUGGUGGAGCCGGGGGGGCCUAUAUUCUGGAAUUGGGGUACAUGAAAUCGAUCUGCCUGCUGUAAGUCUUGAGUAUAUAGGAGAUGUGCAAAUGGGGGGAAGUGGGAUUUACAAAAACAAUAAAAAUAAAUAUCAGGGGAGCACAAUUAUACAUCAAAAGCUGAUGUUUAAAACUGGGUCUAGUUUAAAUUCUUUAACACCCAUUCUCUUACUGGCAGUUGGGUAAGACUAGUUCGUUUUAGGGGGGUAAUUUUCUAUGGCUAAACAACCAACUGUCUUUAUACUACCAAUCUAGGUGAUGUCCUAAUUUUGAUAUGGGUGGUGCAACUUACUGGCUUGUUGAGGUCAAGUGGUGUCAUUUGCACAUAACUAGCAGGAUGAGGCAUGGGCACAGGUAUAUUAAAUGUUGGCCCACAAUAAAAUUGACAAACUCUAAAAGCCAGUGAAAUCUAGAAACUAAAAAAGAUGGCACCCACAAGACUGAUGACUCCCUGUUGGCAAAGCGUUCAGAGAAUCAGAAUUUCUUUUCUUUUAAAUGUCAAGUCUUACCAGAAAAGAGAUGGCCAUAUGUAAUUUGGUAAUAACAUCUUCUCAUCUUAGGGUGUUUCAAUGCACAAUUUCAAAUGCUUGAGGGAUUGUUCGUAUCAGGAAACAGUCUACAACUAACUGGCACCAUUUUAUAUGGGGAGGGGUGGUUUGGUGCUAUUUACUUCUGUUUAGCUAUUGAAAUCCCCAAGAUUAGCUUAUAUACAAUUAACCCAUAUUGUUACAUUUCUAUGGAUCUGUAAAUGUAUGUUCUUAGUUCAGGUAGACAUUUUCCAUUACAAAUUGUUACUAAUGGUAAAUAACAAGUGAGUGUCUCAGAAAAAUGCUAUUUUUUAUUUUUUAAAUACUUUUAAAAGUAGCUGCAAGCAUGGCUGCCUGUGGUUUUUAGGGUGUUGUCGCAGAAAAUUAAAGUUCUGUGUUGCGCUUCCUCCUCUUUCUAACCUACCUCGUUUGUUUUCUAUUUCUUAUUACAGGUUUUUUUUUUUGUUUUUUUUUGUUUAUUUUUUUUUAAUUAUUCCUGCAGUGUUUGUGUUUUGUUUUUGACAUUAAAAGAGCCCAAGAGUAGCAGUGGUAUCUUAUGCCAAACUGGUCACUGGUUAGGGUAAAAUCAGAAAUGUAGGCGAUUAUUUGGCUUGGGAAUAUGCUUUUGUAAAUGAAUUAAUUUAGUAUUCUAUCUGCUUUGAAUGCAGUUCUUACUAUGUAUUUUAGAAGUCAUAGGAGGUUUGUGAAGGUCUUGCCAGACCCAGAACCAGGUUCAGAGUUUGUUGCCUUAGGGUUGCUUCCAUGGAAUAGGCCAGAUCAUUUCUUCUCUUGCCCUUUUACUUUUGGCUUAUCUGUUUGUAAGCUUAACAUUUUGUUAACUUAAGUUGCUAACUGAUGUGUAUUUUUUGUGUUAUUAUUUUUAACUCAACAGUGGAAACCAGUUAUUUAUUUUUAAUGAGUCUUAUUGUAGGUAUUUGAUACAGUAAAUCAAUAAAAUGGGGGUAUGUUGGAACUAGGGUGGCUGUAAUUGUACGUUGCCUUUAUUAAUUGGGGACAGUAUCUUUUUUCAUUUUAGUGUUUUUUUUUUUUUUAAAAAAAGGUCUUGGACACAUUUUAUUUGACUGUUAAAGUACACUGUACAGUAGAAAUGUAGUUUAUAAGUACUGCUACCAGCCAUCCAUGUUUACAUGGAUUUCAUCAAUAUACACUCCAUGUGAUAAGUUUUACUUGGUACUAGUCCUGUUUUAAAAUCUUGAAAAUGAAUGGGGGGUGGGGGGCAUGAAGCUUAUUCAUGAUUUGUAAAAAUCCUUUUUCAGGUGUUAUAAAGAGUUCUUCCUUUUCAAAGCUUGAAGUGAUACCUUCCAUAACAGCUGUUUAUCAACAUCAGAAGAAUCCCAGUGGCCCUGACCAUGAAUAUAUUGUCAGUCCUGUGGACUUCUUUCCAAGCAAUGCCUUUGUAACUGACUAUAGUUACCUCCUGGGGAAGGUGAAACAGGCUGCCCCAUAAAUACAAAAUUAUUCACACCUAGAUUGAGAAAUGAUAGACCUCUAUGAAAGUAUGGAAUAUCUUUUAAUAAAAUGCAUUUUGGCAUCAUAUAAUCCCAAAACCAUAAUGAGAUUCGGUCCAGUAAUCCAGUAGGGAAGAUGUAUGGAGUCCUAUUAUUUUUUGACCGAGACGGUCUGGUUUGGCACUAAUAAUGGUUGCAUUGUGACUUGCUGCAGUGAUUCAGACCAUGUCUAGGGGUUCCGGACCUCGGGUACCCUGUAUUUCCUUUCAAACAAUCCUUCCGUUCACAACUAGCACUGUCUGUAUGUUUUGAAGAC